CGUCAUAGUGUAGGCUGAGCCAACACAAAUGCUAUCUUUUUUUCUCUCUUCGAAAUGGCAAAUAGACAUUUACAUUCCGCUCGCAACACGCCGCUCUACAGUAACUCUUCUGUCAAAUUCAAUAUUUUGAGACUCAGCGCAGACUAAAGUAUAAGAUAUUGAGAAUCAUCAACGAUAAGUAUGCGGCCGUCUAUAUUUCCCGCGAGACAGAUUCGUCGUGUCUGCGCCUUCUGCAGGCAGCAACAACAGCAGCGACAACAGCAGCAGCAGACCACGACAACCCGCAGUCUGCACACGUCGGCCAUGAGACAAGACAGGAUAAUACCUGGAUCGUCGCUAGCUGGUGUCGCGCGACACAAAAGCCAUCGCCCGAGCCAUAUAUUAAUACCUACGACACAACAGCGAUGGUUCUCCGCAAGUGCUACGGCUCGAGAUGCUAGCCAGCAGGCGGAGCCAGAGGCAAAGGUAGAAGGAGACGCGAGCAAGACACCAAAAGUGCCCCAAACCCACUACGAAUUCUUCCCCACCACACUCCCCGCGGGACCACCGCCCAACGGGCCCUUCGACAUCGACGUCCGCGCGCUCCGGCGCGAGUUCCUCUCGCUGCAGGCGGGCGCGCACCCCGACCUGCACCCAGCACACAUGAAGGCGCGCGCACAGGCGACAUCAGCGCGGAUCAACGAGGCCUUCAAGACGCUGUCGCACCCUCUCUUGCGCGCGCAAUACGUCUUAUCUCUUCGCGGGUGGGAUGUCGCGGGGGACGAGACGGCGAAGGUGGAAGAUCCGGAACUGCUCAUGCUCGUGCUCGAGACGAGGGAGACCAUUGAAGAGGCGGAGAACGAGGGUGACUUGGAGGGCUUGAGGGCGGAGAAUGAAGAGCGGAUCGAGGAGAGUGUGGGGAGGCUGGGAGAUAUGCUUGCGAAAGAUGAUCUCGAGGGCGCGAGGGAGGAGGUCGUUAGGUUGAGGUAUUGGACGAAUAUUCGCGAGAGCAUCGAUAAUUGGGAAAGGGGAAAGCCGGUUGUUCUUGAGCAUUAGCUAGUUUGGAGGGAAUGAAGUGUGAGAUCUCUCGCUACCCGCCUAUGAAGCCUACGUACUUCACAGAGUGAGGGCAGCUGUUGGGUUAGCUCAAUCCACCCUACAAUUCACCCUCGUCAUGCAAUAUAUACAAACUUGCUGGCGUGCUCGCUGUAUUGUAUUCUCCCUUACUGCUUACUCGCUUACAUAUCCGGGCUAGAUCUCCAAGACCAAGAUGGAUACCAUAGUAUUACGGCUAUGUGAUUUGGCGUGUCCUGAUACCUUCUAGAGUAGAAAGACGAGUACUGUGUAUGUAUGUACGAUAAUGAUACAACUGGACUCAGCUUAUGGCUACGGUUCAAAUCGGAUGAAUUAACAAUGAAGCGGUUGUCGUCUGAGCUCAGACAUCUAUUAAAUUCAGCUUGCGGGAUUUAGAUAUCCAAUAACAUGUCAGGAUAUCCAUCCUAAACCAGAGCAGACAUUCAAUAUCGUACACUAAUUAUACCUAGGGCCAUACUUGUUCAUACCUAGUUGUGAGAUAAUC